AUGUCGACCGACCCGAAGAUCCAGGACCUGCUUAACAAGCCUAAGAGUGAGCUGACUGAAUAUGAGGUCUCGCUCGUUGAGGAACAUGAGCUCACCGCUGGCCCCCUCUCUCUGCUUCAAACCGCCACGCGCACGCACACUCAGGUCCUGAUCGCUUGCCGUAGCAAUCGCCGCCUGCUUGCUCGUGUGAAGGCGUUCGACCGCCACUGCAACAUGGUGUUGGAGAACGUCAAGGAGAUGUGGACCGAAAAGCCCAAGGGUGGUAAGGGCAAAGGUGUUAACAAAGAUCGCUUCAUCAGCAAGAUGUUCCUUCGUGGUGACUCGGUCAUCCUUGUUCUGCUCAGUUGA